UUUCACGCUAUAGAAAACUAACCUUAACAACACCUGGUCAAGAAAUGUUUCUUUUCCUUUUUUUUCCCUAACAACGUCAAUCCAAAUAUCAACAAUGUCUGACAACAAGGAAAAGGUCCAAGUCGAAGAACAGGAAGUUCACAGAAUCAGAAUUACUUUAACCUCCACCAAGGUUAAGCAAUUGGAAAAGGUCUCUGCUAACAUCCUCAGAAACGCCAACACCUACAAGUUGAGAGUUAAGGGUCCAGUUAGAAUGCCAACCAAGAUCUUGAACAUCACCACCAGAAAGACUCCUAACGGUGAAGGUUCUAAGACCUGGGACCACUACGAGUUGAAGAUCCACAAGAGAGUUAUCGACUUGGAAGCCCCAGCUCAGGUUGUCAAGAAGGUCACCCAGAUCACCAUUGAACCAGGUGUGGAUGUUGAAGUCACCAUCGCUGCUUAAAUUUCCCCUUAACCCUUUGGUUUUGGUAAUUUAACAUCAUGGUUCUUGUGCGUUAUGUGUCUCCGUUCUCAUGAUAGUGAUUGAUUUUCGCAUUUUUCGGCCCGCCGUUGCACGGCUCCCCGUGUUCUGUCUCAUCCAAUUUCUCUAGGCGUACCGUGUAUUGUAAUGAUACACUGACGUUGCGGUUAGCUAUCAGCAAUUGGUGAAAUGGUUAUGGCGUGUGUUGUGAUUUGUGGUUUCUUUUAUUGCGUAUAUGUGUAAUGAAUAAGAAUUGUCGGUUUAAAAAAGUGGGGAAAGAUAGAUUUCACGUGGAGAAGUAGGACAUUAUCCGACCAUGUUGCACCUAAAGCAGGUGUUACAUUAAAGUUAUCAAUGCGACUAUGACCACAGGCUAUGCCCUGUUUUAUACGCUAAU